AUGGUUCCUCCAAACUUGGCAACCCAUACUUUUCCAAAAAAGCAUGAAAGAAGAAUAACUGAAGAACAUGUUCAACAGAUCCAUGCAUCAACAGGCAAUGUCCUUCCUAUUGGUACAGGGAAUACUGUUUACAUAAAACUAUGCUUACACUUGUAUCAUAAAAUUGUUUCUCAGCUAUAUGGUAUCAAAUCCUUGUUUUCAGGAAUAUGUAAUAGCUGCAGAGUACACUUAAUUGUGAACAGAAGGCCGAGCCUGCAGAUUCAGGACAGUAAGAAGGUACUCUGUAAAACUGAGUCUAAUGAGAAUGGUGUUCAACUUCAAGUUGACAUGAAUGAUGACUACAUGUGUAAGCCUAUGGAAAGAGCUCGGAAAUCAAGAAAGGUAUCUUCUUGCACUGUACAAUCCUCAGAUGGAUGUGAAGAAUUUGAUUCUGAAGAUCUCAGUCAGGAGACAGUUGUCUCUGAGGCUUCAGUAUCUAAUUCAUCAAAACUUGAGGCUCUGAAUCACUACCUGGCCCUCAGUAACGUUAGCCCGAUAAAGGAAUGUCAGGUCUACCUGCAACAUUCAAGCAAUAGAACUAAACAGAGGUACAUCAAUAAGGCUAAGCAGUGUCUUGACCUUAUCCUGACCACAAUUUGUCCUGGGGAAGAGGAAUUCUUGAGAAGAUCUGUUUUGAAUGAUAUUCAGCUAACUUCUGCAGAGGAGGAAAACGCCAUUCUUGAGACACUUGUCGAAAUUUAUAAUGGUGCCAAUUCUUGGGCAUUCCAACGACAAAUUCUCUCAACAAUUGUAAAAGACAAGGACUUUUCAGCUGUCAAAGAGCUUCUGCCUACUGUGACAAGAUAUAAAUUCAAUCAUGCAAAAGAACAUAUUCAAGAGCAUGGUGUAGGAGAACCAAUCUCAAACAGGAAAGUUCCUAGGGAAAAGUAUACCCAUAGCCAGUUAGACCACUUCAUUGACUUUAUCACAUCUGGAGACAUAAUUAAAGAUCAGCCUUUUGGAGAAAAAAUGUUGAAAAUGGAAACAGGAGAGGUUCUUAAGAUUCCAACUGUUAUUAGAUGUUUGGCUCCUUCCACCAUUAUCUCUCAAUACAUGGAUGUGUGCAAGGAGGAUAACAUAAAGCCUCUUGGAAAUAGCACUCUUUUCAAGAUUUUGGAAGAAUGCUCAUCUGUGGUCAGGAAAAGCAUUGAGGGAUUAGACAAUUUUUUAAUGGAGGGGAUUAAAGCCUUUGAGGAGCUGGACAAGAUAGUGAAAAGACUUGAGCUGUCAACAGAAGAUGAGAAACCUCUUACAGCUGGAUUGCAAAGUGCUAAAAAUUAUUUGAAAUCAGGAUUUAAGGGUCAUAUUACCAAGGAAAAUAUGGUAGAAGACCAUUGCAUAUCCUAUGCCCUUAGUUCUUCCGAGCCUUUCUUCGCAGCUGAAUGUGAGCAUCAGCAUGGGGACACAUGUACUGACUGCCAAAACCUGGAUAUAGUUCUCAGUUCAAUUCAGCAGAAGGCUGAGGAGCAUCAGUGGCAGAACCAGGAAGCAGCAAUGUAUACGGUAGAAGAAGCUGUUGAGGCCAUAAAGAAAUGGAAGUGCCAUAUCCUAAGAUGUAGAAACCAAGAGAGGGCUAGGUCAGAUAUUGUGCAACAGAUGUCUGAAGAUGAUGCUAUUAUUACGUGUGACUGGGCCAUGAAGUUUCUUCCUAAGAAAUAUAGAGAGGGUCAAGUGGACUGGUUUGCCAAAAGGGGGUUGAAUUGGCACAUAGCUGUGACACUGUUAAAGGAUGGGCAAAAUUUUUCUACGUUAACACAUGUCCACAUUUUUGAUUGCCCUAUAUCUCAGGAUGCACCUAUCACGUCACAGAUUUUAACAGAUGUUGCGAGAGACAUUUUGAAGGAGAGACCAGCAGUGAAAAACAUUAACUUUUUCACAGACAAUGCUGGAUGCUACAAGUCAUCCACCACAAUCCUGACGUUACAAAAAGAACUCAAGAAUACUGUGUCCUCUUUUAAUUUUUGUGAGGCACAGAACGGGAAAGGUCCCUGUGAUAGGCGUGCAUCUCAUAUCAAGUCCAUUAUAAGGCGAUACAUCAAUGAAGGAAAUGAUGUGACAUCAGCUUUCCAUAUGAAAAAGGCAGUGGACAAUGAACAGAAACCAGAUUUGAAAGUGAAAGUUGUUUCUUCAGUGAAUAUUAUUGAUGAUGAUCAGCAUGAACAACCGAGAUACUCAAUCCCAGGAAUUUCUAAACUGUACAAUUUCCUUUAUUCACAGGAUGGAUUAAGGAUGUGGAAAGCAUAUGCUAUUGGUGAAGGUAAACUGAUGAAAUGGAGAUCACUAGGCUGCCCAUCUCCAACAGUUGAACUGAAAACUUUGAUAGACUGGGGACAUGCUGUGUCAAGGGUUUUGAUCACAGAAAUAAAACAAGAUGAAGAAGCUGAGUCUUUAGAGCACAUAACAGGUUUUCAGUGUCCUAUGGAAAACUGCACAAAACAGUUUUCAACACAAAGAGCAGUUGAUGAUCAUGUAUUAAUAGGCACCUGCUCAUUUGCUACAAAAGAGAGAUUAUGUGUAACAGAAAAGGCGAAAUAUAUUUACGCAGAGAAGAUCAUGAAAAUGUAUCCGACAAACAAAGAACCAGGGCUCCUUCCUGUUACCAGUGUUAAGGAUAUAAAAGUCAGGUUACCGUCAUUACCGUCAGGUUGGGCAUUAAAAGAAACAAAAGGCAGAGUUGUUUUCACCAAUCAGCAAAAGGAAUUCAUGAAGGAGAAGUUUAACAUCGGGAAAACUAGUGGAAACAAAGUUGACCCGUUUUGUGCUGCCGAAGAAAUGAGAUUGUCCGGAAAGUUCAAAAGGGCAGACUUCCUCUCUGGGCAACAAAUCUCAUCCUAUUUUUCAAGGCUCGUUCAGCUUGACAAAAGAACAUCUAAAGAAGACUACUGGGCUGCAGUAUGUGAGGAAAAUCAAGAUUCACUGAAAUGCAGAAUACAACAACUUUUGAAAUAACAAGUGAUAUACCUUUAUUUGUCACUUUCUGUCAUAUGGGUACACCCCACUAAUUAUUUUUAGAAUCGAAAGGAAAAGUAAGUAGUGCAGAAAAAAUUACAAGUUCCUUAAUUUGCAGACUUGCAUAAAAAAUAAAUUGGGCAGAUGUACUGAACUGAGCCUCAUGCACACUUGUUGAUAAGGAGUAUCUUUCCUACCAAAAAAGCUUGGCAAAUGUAAUUUAUCAAGAAGAUCAGCCGAAUUAUUUUGUGUAUUAUAACGCCAGUGAGAACUCUGAAAUUCCCCUACAUUCAUUUUUAGAGGUUUCCACAGACAGACACAUUUUGCUGAAAAAUGAAUAUGACAUGCUACUUCGAGAUUUUAACCAAGGAAAGACAAGUUGAUGUGCUUUGAUUUGAGGGGUCACUCGCUUCUGAACAAGAAAUUAUAGGGACAUAGCUAUGAGAAGAAACGUUAACAUUGUCGCCUAUAGGAAAACAAUUAGUGGACUGUAUACCCAUAUGCAUUUUUUGAUGUCAUUGUCUUGCACAUAUCAGUGUUAAGCACAAGAAUUAGUGUUUGAUUUAAUUCCUUAUCAUGACUACACUUGUAAGUUCCUGCAAUUACUUGUGUCCUUUUAAGUAGAUAUUUACUAUGUACAUAUAGAACUAUUAGUUGUUUGAAAAAAUCUGUUGAAUAUCAUGUUUUCACUUUAAUAUCAAAAUUUUUAUGCAAGUCUUUAUUGCAGAGGUGUCUAAGAGACUAGGGUUAUGAUGGAGAUAAUGUUUAAGUUACACUUUUAGGAGCACGUUCAUUUGGAAGUAGCUAUAUAAGUCAACAAGAACAAUUCAAAUCAUUUGAAACUUUAAUGUAAUUUUUGUAUUUUAUACUUCAUUCAAUAUAUUCUUUCUAGUCAUACUUGCAGAGAAAAAUAAUGUACAUUGUAAAUUCCCUUAAAGUAUUCUCAACAAUUUAUUUCAUAGUUUUUAUUUUCAAACAAACUAUAACAGU